UCUCUUGACCUCGUGAUCCGCCUGCCUUGGCCUCCCAAAGUGCUGGGAUUACAGACGUGAGACAUCACACCUAGCUAUUUAACUUAAUUCUUAUGCCCCAGAUUUCACUGUGUCUUCUAAUUUUUAAUUUUCUUUUGUCUUCUGAUUUUGUAUCCAACUCCAAUCCCUCCCCAGCGGAUCUGGCCCCGCAGGAAGCAACAGAUCUCCUCCUCCUACUCUGAUCAUUCCUCCCCGCAGUGUCUCUAGGUCUCUCUGCACCCAUGUGGUCCCAGAGCCCUAGCUUCAACACCUCCCACCCUUCCUGUCACAGCCUCUGGGCCCUGCGGCAGAAGGAUGGGCCGGCUUUCUCACUGCCGCUACCACCUGCCCCAUUCCCAGGAGGAAUGGCCGGGCAGCCAGCCGGCUGUGCAGCAAGUUAGUGCCCCUCCCCCUUCUCUGCCCCGCCCACCAGUAGCCUCAGAACCAAUGCAGGUCACACUGCCCAGGGCCCUGCUUAGCAGGGGUUCCUGGCACUGCAGUCAAUGGGGACUGGCAGGAGGAAAGAGCUUAUUAGUCUGAUAAAGAUCUGGGGCCCCACCCUGCCCCUUCCCCCAACUUCCCUGGGGCCCUGGCUCAGGCUGGACUGGCUCCCCCACCCUGAAGGCGCCUUCAUCGGGGCGUCUUCCAUCCGCCCUUUCAGAGGCAGGCCCAGUGCCCUGCCUGCUUUUCCUCCCUGCCAGCUCCCAGAGGGCUCAGAGCCCAGAAACCUGCUCACUUGCCACCAGCUGGGCCCUGCCUGGGCCUUCCCAGCACGCAUCCCGGCCGCCAAGGGCAGCAGCUUUUCCAGGAUUUGGCCGCAGGCCCAGUCACCCCAACUCGCCACCUCACCACUCUACCUUGGAGGCUGGCCCUGUCCACUCCACUCUGUGCCUGGCUUCCCUUGCCUGCCUUGGGUCUCUGUGUGGCCCCUCCACGGUGUCCAGGACUGAGUGUCCCUCUUGCCUCCUGAAGAUCAGCCAUGGCCACCUACAAAGUCAAGGUGGCCACAGGCACCGACCUCCUGUCAGGAACACUGGACUCCAUCUCACUGACCAUUGUGGGGACCCAAGGAGAGAGCCAUAAGCAGCUGUUGAAUCACUUUGGGAGAGACUUUGCAACCGGGGCGGUGGACCAGUACACCGUGCAGUGCCCGCAGGACCUGGGGGAACUCAUCAUCAUCCGCCUUCACAAAGAACGCUAUUCCUUCUUCCCCAAAGACCCUUGGUACUGCAACUACGUGCAGAUCUGUGCCCCCAACGGCCGUAUCUACCACUUCCCUGCCUACCAGUGGAUGGAUGGCUACGAGACCCUGUCACUCCGGGAGGCCACAGGAAAGACAACAGCAGAUGACUCACUCCCCAUCCUCCUGGAGCACAGACGAGAGGAGAUCAGAGCCAAGCAGGACUUCUACCACUGGCAGGUCUUUGUUCCUGGCCUGCCCAACUAUGUGCACAUUCCCAGUUACCGUCCUCCGGUCCGAAGGCAUCGCAACCGAAACCGGCCAGAGUGGAAUGGUUAUAUUCCAGGAUUUCCAAUUCUUAUCAACUUUAAGGCCACCAAGUUCCUAAACUUAAAUCUCCGCUACUCCUUCCUCAAGACAGCCUCCUUCUUCACCCGCCUGGGGCCCAUGGCACUGGCUUUCAAAGUCCGCGGCCUGUUGGACUGCAAACAUUCGUGGAAGAGACUGAAGGAUAUUAAGAAAAUUUUCCCUGGCAAGAAGUCUGUUGUCGCUGAGUACGUGGCAGAGCACUGGGCCGAGGACACCUUCUUUGGGUACCAGUACCUCAACGGCGUCAACCCAGGCCUGAUCCGCCGCUGCACGCGGAUCCCAGACAAGUUCCCCGUCACAGACGACAUGGUGGCCCCAUUCCUGGGCGAGGGAACGUGCUUGCAAGCGGAGCUGGAGAAGGGGAACAUUUACCUGGCCGACUACCGCAUCAUGGAGGGCUUCCCCACCGUCGAGCUCAGCGGCCGGAAGCAGCACCACUGCGCCCCCCUCUGCCUGCUGCACUUCGGGCCCGAGGGCAAGAUGAUGCCCAUCGCCAUCCAGCUCAGCCAAACCCCUGGGCCGGAUUGCCCCAUCUUCCUGCCCAGCGAUUCUGAGUGGGACUGGCUGCUGGCCAAGACAUGGGUGCGCUAUGCGGAGUUCUACAGCCACGAGGCCAUUGCCCACCUACUGGAGACCCACCUCAUUGCCGAGGCCUUCGGCCUGGCCAUGCUGAGGAACCUGCCCAUGUGCCACCCCCUCUACAAGCUCCUCAUCCCCCAUAUCCGAUACACUGUCCAGAUCAACAGCAUUGGCCGGGCUGUUCUCCUCAAUGAGGGGGGGCUCUCUGCCAAGGGCAUGUCUCUGGGAGUGGAGGGCUUUGCUGGGGUGAUGGUGCGGGCUCUGUCGGAGCUCACCUAUGACAGCCUCUACCUCCCCAAUGACUUUGUGGAGCGUGGGGUCCAGGACCUGCCUGGAUAUUACUACCGCGACGACAGCUUGGCAGUGUGGAAUGCGCUGGAGAGGUAUGUGACGGAGAUGAUCACCUAUUAUUACCCGUGUGACGCAGCCGUGGAGGGUGACCCAGAAUUGCAGUCCUGGGUGCAGGAGAUAUUUAAGGAGUGCCUUCUAGGGCGUGAGAGCUCAGGCUUCCCCACGUGCUUGCGAACCGUGCCUGAGCUGAUCCGAUAUGUCACCAUAGUCAUCUACACCUGCUCUGCUAAGCACGCUGCUGUCAACACAGGCCAGAUGGAGUUCACCGCCUGGAUGCCCAACUUCCCAGCAUCCAUGCGGAAUCCACCGAUGCAGGCGAAGGGGCUGACCACUCUGGAGACCUUCAUGGACACGUUGCCGGACGUGAAGACGACGUGCAUCACGCUGCUGGUGCUCUGGACCCUCAGCCGGGAGCCUGAUGACAGGCGCCCCCUGGGCCACUUCCCAGAUAUCCACUUCGUGGAGGAGGCCCCGCGGAGGAGCAUAGAGGCAUUCCGCCAGCGUCUGAACCAGAUCUCGCACGCCAUCCGCCAGCGCAACAAGUGCCUCCCCAUCCCCUACUACUACCUGGACCCGGUGCUGAUUGAGAACAGCAUUUCCAUUUAGGAUUGCCCUUCCCGUCUCGCCUCUCCCCACACUGUGCCCUCCUAUUUUCAAAAUAACUACAAAAAACGAAAAAACCAAAACACCCCCCAAAAA